AUGGUCUCCGACAAGGUCGAAAAAAAGCGCAAGCGCGCUUCCGAUCGCCACGAGCGGCCUAGCAAGAAGCCCGCGCUGGAAAUCCAAGAUCUGCCCCCUCUGGCGUCGAGCGUGGUGGAGGAUGAUAGCGAACUCGCUCCGGUCAUUGUGACCACUCCCGGCCUUAACGCUCCCCGCAAUCUCCGGCUCAAACCCUACCUGAAAACCCGCAGCAAGACCUCCUCCGCGUCGACGCGCAACAAGGGCAUCGUCGCGUCGGAGCUGCUCCUCCAGUCGUCCGAACACCCCAAGCUGGACUUUGUGGGUCGCGAGGCCGAGGAGGAUGCCGACUCCCAGCUGAAGCACUACGUCGCCGUGGUCGAUCCCGAGGAUAAGACGUGGCAGUUCGUCGAGGUGCGGAAGAUGACGCUGCGGGGUGCGGUGCGGAAACUGCGCUCCAUUGAUGAAGAGGAGGAGGAGGAGGAGAGCGAGGAGGAAGAGCUGCAAACCCUCCGCGCCCAACGCACCGAACUCACCAACACCUUCGGUACCAAGCAAUCGCGCAAAGCGGCGCAAUCCCUGGCCGAGAACGCGCAACUCUCCAACCUGCCCUCGGGGGCGGCGUCGGCGGCGGAAUCGGCCAUCCUGUCGUCGAUGCCGACGGAGGGGGUCAGCGACAUCGCGGCCAAGGCGGCGCAGGUGCAGGCGCAGGUGCAGGCCAACAAGCCGAUCCCGACGCCGCACCUGGACGCCUCGCACCCGGGUGAGGUGUACCCGCUGGCGGAGCUGGUGCCGAACGGCGAGUCGACGCUGCGGCAGCUGCCGGGGGUGCAGGAGUGGCUGGCGACGGCGAGCGCGGGCGAGCCGGUGGUCACGACCUCGCGGUACGUCUCGCGGCGCGUGGACGCGGUCAUCCAGUCCGGCAACACCACCCACCUCCAGAUCCUGCGCUUCAUCCUGCUGCUCCUCGAGCUCAACCGCCACCUCAAGCGCGACCCCAAGGGCGCCGGCCCCGGCAGCAAGCGCCUCCCGCCGCGCGACGAGCUCCGCACCAUCCUCGCCGGCGGCACCUCCCCCACCACAGCUACCACAUCCGCCGCGGAAUCCAUCGCCGACCCCAUCAUCGACGCCGUCCGCCGCCGCUUCGCCCCGGGCACCGGCGGCUCCCUUACCCGCAACGACGUCACCUUCCUCCACACCACCAUCUGCGCCCUCUCGCUGCACAUCCCGCCCCAGCCCGCCAAGGACGGCGGCAACAGCGCCCAGGGCGGCAACGCCCCCAACGAGCUGGCCACCGACCCCGCCGACCUGCGCGACGACCUCCACCUCGAGAGCCCCGUCAUCCUGCAGUACUUCCGCGAGCUGGGCUGCCGCGUCGACAAGCCCCGCGAGUCCGAGUUCGCCAAGUGGGGCAUCAAGGGCGGCAAGGCCGAGGCCGCCGCUCGCCGCGUGGCGCGCCUGCGCAUUCCCGUGGAGUUUCCUAAGGUGAGCCGCGGGGGUGGGAAGAGACGCUAGUGAUCGACUCGAAAGAAGGAGGCGUAGGAUUCGAACAGCGGCGUGAUUCGGGUGGUGGGAUGACGAUGUGUGGGUGUAUGUUGAAGAGGUAUGGCAGAGGGCCGUGGAAGGACUACUCCGUAUCCUGAUUCCCAUAUCUUGUCAGAUACUCUUGUUGUUGUUGUCCUCAAACCUCAAACCAAAAAAAAAGCAUUCGGUCUUUUUUCCCCCUCGGGCUUGAUUCCACCGGGCGUUAGGGUACAUGUUACGUUUUUGUGGAUGUAUGUAUAUUUGUAUUUCGUUCGUCUGUAUAGUAGGUAGUAGUUAUUUUAAUCAGUAGCGAAGAAGAGAAG